GAAACAUUCUACCGGCGUCUCAACCUUAGAAGCAAUACCUUAUAGAAAUAGACAUCAUAAGUCCUAUGGCAUUUUCUACGCAACUCUCGCCAUAAGAUCUGUUCAUGACCCGCCAUAAGGCUUGCCUCGACCUCUGUUGUCGCAAAUCUCUCGAAAAGGAAAUUUAAUCACAAGACCUCCGAGGUCGGAAAGAAAAUCUCUCUAGCACCGAGUGACUCCCAAUUCGAGUGACUUGAGACUUCCAUCAUGCUCGCAGCUGUCGGGCAGCCAGUACCCAACACCGCCCAUGCGGUCAGUGUCUCAUUGCCAUCAUGGGCGGCCACGGUGGGUUACGAAGAAGGACAGGAUUGGGUAGUGUCUAAAAUGGAGACGGGCUAUCCCAGGUUCUUCAUUCACCUGACCAUCCAAGAACUCCAGAGGGAGAUUUUAAAGCUCUAUGGCAGAUCCGGGGAGAGUGUCAUGCUCUUCCCAUCUCUCGCCACCGCGAAAAGAUGCCAGAAGUUCUUUUACGACAAGGUCGACGGGUUAGCAACGGGCUCCAUUCGAACCUUGCAACUGCAACCGGCUGUCGACAAACACAGAAGCCACGAGACUGUUCUCUCCGGACUGGCAUGUGUUUUCUUUCCCAAGGACUACUUUAGCGUCGCGAAGCAAGUUUGGCAGCAUACCGGCGAUGGCAUAUCCAGUCGCCGCGGAGAGUUCUGCUUAAAGGCACUAAAAGACGGUAUACUCCAACCUGAUACGCAACAAACAAAGCCGAAAACGGACGACAUACUAUUUACCAAAGGUCCACGACGAUAUCAACGACCAGCAUCUCGGAACGGGGUGGUCUAUGACAGCACGGUCCCGAUUGAACCAGUCGUAAACGAAGCAACAAAUGACGGCGAAGACAAAGACUAUCCUCAAUUCGUAGAGGAACGGUUCGGUCGCAAUCUCAACGUCAAACUUGCCCAACAGGCGAAGCUGGCGAUUCGUCGCAGGAUCAGUGGGUGUCUCACAGAGGACGUAGAUCUGGACCAAGCACUGGCCGAAACCCCGAGUAACUGCAACAGCAGACAGAUCGGGCUGUCGCAGGACGACGUCUACCUCUACCCUUGCGGAAUGUCGUCGAUUUUCAACACGCACCGGAUACUCUUGGCCAACGCCGAGGCCAAAGGACAACCGCCCAGAAAGAGUAUUUGCUUCGGAUUCCCUUACAUUGACACCCUCAAAAUUCUAGAGAAGUGGGGUCCGGGCUGUCUCUUCUAUGGACUGGGUAGUUCAGCUUGCCUAGACGAUCUUGAGCGACGUCUGGAAUCCGGGGAGCGGUAUCUGGCUCUGUUCACGGAGUUCCCGAGUAAUCCACUCCUCAAAUCGCCAGACCUCGAACGUAUCCGCACGUUAGCGGACAAGUACGACUUUGCAGUUGUAGUCGACGAGACCGUCGGCAAUUUCACCAACAUUGAUGUCCUCAGCCGGGCGGACGUGGUGGUCAGCAGCCUAACCAAGCUGUUUAGCGGUGACAGCAAUGUCAUGGGCGGCAGUGCCGUCCUGAAUCCCCAGAGCAAAUGGUACCCCGAACUCAAGCAAACAAUGGCCCGCGAGUACGAGGACAAUUAUUGGGCAGAAGAUGCCGUGUUCAUGGAACGCAACUCGCGGGACUUUAUCUCCCGAAGUGAGCGCAUGAACACGAAUGCUGAGGCAAUUACAACAAUCUUGCAGAAUUGCCCGUUGGUUAAGCAGGUCUACUAUCCAAAAUGCAGUCCCAGCCGGCCCAAUUACGAGGCCUGUCGUACGCCGAGUGGUGGCUACGGCGGCUUGCUCUCGGUGACAUUCCACCACCCCAAGCAAGCGGUUGCGUUCUUCGACGCCCUCGAAGUCCAGAAGGGUCCAAGCUUGGGCACGAAUUUCACGCUUGCAUGUCCUUACACGAUCCUGGCGCACUACACGGAAUUGGACUGGACAGCACAGUGGGGGGUGGAGGCGGAUCUUGUUCGAUUAAGUGUCGGACUGGAAGAGCCCGCAGAGCUUACAGGCAAGAUAGAGCGAGCACUGAAAGCUGCAGAGGAUGUGAAGGUAUAAGAGCGUGUCUCCCUUUGUUGGCAAGGCGUACAUAAGUCAGGGGGGGAACAUGGGUUCAUGGCUGUUCAACUCAGCCAGCUGCCUCCUUUUGGGACUAUGAAAACAAGAUUUUCGGACAAAUCUUAUGAGGUCGGCCGAAGGAAAUGCUUUGGACAUUGGAGAGUUCCCAUACGAUAGGUGGUGUAGAUGCUGUAGAUGCUGUUUACAUGUGAGCGCUGCGUAGCCGCAGCCUUGAGCAUCA